AUGUCUACCCUCCCCGAACCCUUCGCCUCCAUCCCCCGUACCCCUCUCAUCCUAGGCCCCUCCCCCAUCCACCCCCUACCCCGCAUCACCGCCGACCUCGGCGGCCGCGUCUCCAUCUACGCCAAACGCGACGACCUCAACUCCGGCCUCGCCUAUGGCGGCAACAAAACCCGCAAACUCGAAUACCUCCUCGCCGAGGCCGUCGCGGACAACUGCACCACCCUCGUCAGCAUCGGUGGCGUGCAGAGCAACCACACGCGGCAGGUGGCAGCGGUAGCGGCGCGCGCGGGGCUCAAGGCCCGCCUCGUCCAGGAACACUGGGUCGACUGGGAAGACCCGGGGUAUGCGAGUGUGGGCAACAUUCAGUUGUCCAAGUUGAUGGGCGCAGAUGUGAGGCUUGAUCCGUCGGGGUUUGGGAUUGAGCAUAAGGAUACGCUGAAGUCGUUGAGGGAGGAGUGUGAGAAGAACGGGGAGAAGCCGUAUUAUAUUCCUGCUGGCGCGUCGGAUCAUCCACUGGGUGGGUUGGGGUUUGCGAGGUGGGCGUUUGAGGUGCGCGAGCAGGAGAAGGAGAUGGGGAUUGUGUUUGAUUCGGUGGUUGUGUGUGCUGUUACGGGAUCUACGAUGGCGGGCAUGGUGGCUGGGUUUAAGCUGUUGGAGAAGCUGUAUCCGGCUGAGCCUAAGAAGAAGGUUAUCGGUAUUGAUGGAUCGGCGACCCCGGCUCAGACUAAGGAGCAGGUGCUGCGGAUUGCGAAGAACACUGGUGCUAAGAUCGGUUUGAGUGCCGAUGAUAUCACAGAAGACGAUAUCAUCCUUGAUGAGCGUUAUCAUGCGGGGAUUUAUGGUAUCCCGGAUAAGCAGACAUGGGAGGCGAUCGAGUAUGCGGCUCGCAUGGAGGCAUUCAUCACGGAUCCCGUAUAUGAGGGCAAGAGUUUCGCGGGAAUGGUCGACAUGAUCCGUCGUGGCGAGAUCCAGGGGAACGUGCUGUACGCGCAUCUGGGAGGCCAGCUGGCGUUGAACGCAUAUUCCGAGAUCGGAAAGACCAAGGAAUAG